GGCACCCUACGUCGACGAUGGAGAGACUACGGAUGAUGGGAAUGGAGGCAUUGAACCAAAUGACACGAAGGAUCUACUAAAUACAACCGCACUCAUGCCGGAGCCUUCCACGGAAUCGGCAUUCGGGGAUGCGAUCGCCCGCAAGGAUGUGUGUGAUUCUUUCUUGCCAUAUUAAUCUUGGCGAGCCGUAACGAAUAUCCCUCUACUAUGAUUCAGUGCCCUUGGGAAAGCCUAUAUAAGGCGUAGCUUCCACCGUUUGAAGAAGUAUCAUUCACACGACUGCAUUUCACUACUCCAUUCUGCUACUAUGAUCCCCAAGAGCAUCUUUGGCCUUUUGGCUGCUGCUGCCAUGGUGCAGGGCACACCUGUGACAAAACGAGCAGUUGUGAACCAUGACUCUAUUGCUCCCUUCCCUGAGACAGUCCCCAAUACCGCCACCGGAAAGACGUAUAAGAAGUUCGAGCCGUUCCUCCACAUUGCACACGGCUGCCAGUCCUACCCUGCUGUUGCUGCCAACGGUGAUGUUAGUGGAGGCCUUCAGGACACCGGGAGUGCUACAGGUGGCUGUCGUGACCAAAGCAAAGGACAGACCUACGUGCGUGGUGGCUGGCAUGGCGACCGCUAUGGCAUCAUGUACGCCUGGUACAUGCCCAAGGACAUGCCGAACAGCGGUGUGUCCGCCGGCGCGCAUCGCCACGACUGGGAGAACGUCGUCAUCUGGGUGAAUAACCCAGCGGUGGCCAACCCGACCUUGCUGGGAGGUGCUGCAUCCGGCCACGGAAGCUACAAGAAGACGAAUAACCCACCACGAGAGGGCGAGAGGCCUAAGGUGGAGUAUUUUACGAAUUUUCCCACCAACCAUGAAUUGCAGUUCACCAACACACUUGGUCGUGAUCUCCCACUGAUUGCCUGGGAGUCUCUUCCUGAGGCUGCGAGACAGGGACUUGAAAAUGCCGAGUUUGGCAAGGCCACCGUUCCAUUCAAGGAUUCGACCUUCCAGGGAAAUCUUGAGAAGGCUGCACUUUAGAAAGCGUUUGAGAUGGCAUAUCUGCAUAGUUAGGUGUCUGUGGACUGUAUUUUGGCUGAUGUUUGUACCUAAGUUGAGAUGCCACUGGCUUUAUUUGAGCUGCACUCGAGAAGCAACGUUUAAAUUUGAUACAUACCUCCCCAGUGACACUAUUUGAACGACAGUAUAUGUAUUGGUACCAUGACAGGCCUGCAUCACUUGCGAAUAAAGUUGUUCCCUAGACCAUGCGAGUAAAC